CGGAGGAAAUGGCUACCACAAAAGGGCAGGCUUUUGACCCAAGAAGAAGGCUUACCAGUGCUGUUUCCAAUGUGAUAUGUGCAGUCGUCUUUGGCAAUCGAUUUGAUUACAAAGAUCAAAUCUUCAUAGAGAACCAGCAGAUUGUGGAGUCUCAAAUAAGAUUCUUUAAUAGUUUCGUAGGACUGGUGUACAAUACUGUUCCAAAAAUAAUGGAUUACUUUCCUGGGCAACACACCAAGAGUUUUGCUGAUGCUGAAAAGAUCUGUGAUUAUAUCCGUGAGAAGGUGGAGUUCCACAGGAAGACAUUGGAUCCUCAGAACCCCCGUGACUAUAUUGAUUGCUUCUGUUCAGGAGCAGAACUCCUCAUCUGA